AUGUCCUUGGCCGGCCGCCUCUCUCUUCGUCCCAAAUCUCUGCCGAAGCUCGCCAGAGCUACCGCUGCUGAUUACAUGACCGACGACGUCGCCACUCCCAACUCCAACCAGCAGGCUCUCAACUCCAUUCCUGUUACUGGUAUCGCCCCCACUACCCCUGUUGCUGUGACGACUUCUCCCGUGUCCGCUUUCUUCCCUACCCAGUGCAUCGCCCCUCUGUCUCAGGCCCAAAGCGUGGAUGAGAUAGCCACCCGUAUGGCCGACCUGAUGUCGUCUGUCAGCACCAUGGGCGAUGAAGCGUUUGAAGCCGCUUUCCGUUCUGCUUUCUACGAGCAGCCUGCCUCCAACUCUACUACUUCCGUCACUCCCGGCACUCCCACCACACCUACCACCCCGCCCACUCUCAGCGCCCCCGGAAGUCCCAAGCGUAAGCGAGAGUCUGUCGACGAGGAGGGUCACAAGUGCUCCACCCCAACCACCCACUCGUCCCCUUCUCCCACCCUUUCUUCCACCACCUGCGGUGCGAGUCUGGGGCGUUCAUGGUGCGGAGCUUCUUGCUGCAGUGCCAAACGACCUUGCAUCCAACGAUACAUCGCUCAGACAUGUGGCCGAUACGUCAAGCGACAGAUAAACCGUGUGCCCAGCACCGGCUGUACAUCCCCCACCAGGCGCCGGUCGCCUAAGCCCCGCCGAGUGCCUUCCUUGCCUUCCCUCUACUUCCCUCCACCUUCACCCUCCUCUGUCCCUACCCCUGUGCCUGUGCAUGUCUCGCCCAGCGAUGACUGUGAGGACCCGGCCGACGCUUUCCUCGCUGCUUUUAUGAGCAAGAUGGGGAUUGCGAGUGCGGAAGAGCAGGAUGAGGAUAUGGUUGUGGAGAUUGAGUCUGGGAGCUCAGUGGAUAUGGUGAUGGCUUGA